UCCCACUCACUAAACAUUGUCCUCUUAACUUUAGGCAUAGCUAUUCAGCAUCCCAUAUUCUACUAAGUUUUAGCAAGAAGGGAAGAAUGCAAAGCAAGCAGAAUUUCCAACACUCGUCCAGUUUACCUUCUUUUUCGCCGCUUUUGGACAGAAGGAUAACGCGUGGACGAGCUGCUUCUGAACCUCUGAAUCUCUUUGCCUUGGGAGACGAGAUCACCUCAAAGAAUGCCAAAGGACAGACAGUGCUGUUCUAUGCCAUCCGUUUUGGACACAAAUGUUUCGCUAAAGAGUUGAUAGAGAAGGGCUGUGACCCAAACGAGGCUGAUGCUGAGAGUCACUAUCCCCUACACGAGGCCGUGGAUCAGUCUGAUGCUGCCAUGAUAAGUCUUCUACAUGAACACGGUGCCCGCCUUGAUGUCAAGAACAUGUUGGGGCAGACUCCAUUAAUGAGAGCUGUUCUGUUUGAUGAUGUACCCAUCAUGCAAGUCUUACUUAAAGCAGGUGCAGAUCCCUACCAAAAAGACAUUUCGGGUCAGAAUAUUUUCGAGUACGCAAUAAGUACAGGUAGAGAGAACACCUGCCUUUACCUACUAGAGAAUGGAUACGACACUCUGACCCAGGACAAGUUACACCUGAGUCACCUUCAGAUGUCGGAGAGGUCCAAAGGCGUGCUCACAUCUUUCACCUCUCUCCUGACUGCAAUUAAGAAAAAGAAGGGAAAGAUCCACACCAAACUUACAGAGAAAGCCCAAAACGUAGCCUUAUUGAAAAUCAAUCGGAAGUUCGCAAGAAAAAACAUUUUAAAGAAGAAAAGGGCUGAGUCUUCACGCUAUCAAGACAUUAAGCUUCCCAGUUUUGACAUAAUUAACAUUCAUUAAAAGUUUGUGAAUUAUUGUAAAAGAAAGAAAGAAAUCCAUCUUAUAUACAUGUUUUUAUUACAAAUAGUCUUGUCUUAAUUUAUUUUGUAUGUACUGUGUACAAAUUUUGGAUGAUUAAAUUGUAGUCGAACUAGUGAUGAUGUCGUUGAUUUUAGCUGGGAUGUUUAAUUUAUAUUCAUUGAGCAUGUACAUUCCUAAUCCAUCUUGCACUUUUUCGAAACCCUGGCAAUGAUUUUCGUUUUUUGUUCAUCAUGAAGUGUUGAUAUAGUUUAAUAUUCAAGAACUUAGAUAAUAAAACGCAAAGAGAUUCAAAA